CUCAAAUCUGGAAACGGACAUAGUGUGACUUCUACCCUUUUCUGCGUUAAUGGCAUUAAGGAGGAUGAUGCUGUGUUUACUGGUGUUGAGUUCUGUUCUCCACACACUCACUGCUCAUAAUGACUUCUUUACCUCCAUUGGUCAGAUGACAGACCUGCUCUACACAGAGAAGGAUCUGGUGACAUCACUAAAGGACUACAUCAGAGCUGAGGAGAAUAAACUGGAGCAGGUUAAAGCGUGGGCUGAGAAGCUGGACUCUCUGACAUCCACAGCCACUCAGGACCCAGAGGGUUUCCUGGGACACCCAGUCAAUGCUUUCAAACUUAUGAAGAGGUUAAACACAGAGUGGGCUGACCUGGAGAACCUGGUGCUCAAGGACACUUCCGAUGGGUUUAUUUCAAAUCUGACUGUUCAGAGACAGUAUUUUCCCAGUGAUGAGGACCAGACAGGAGCUGCCAAAGCCCUGCUCAGACUACAGGACACAUAUCAACUCUCCACCAAUGCCCUCUCCUCUGGGGACUUGCCUGGGGUGAUACAUAAGAGCCGUAUGACAGCAGAGGACUGUUAUGAGUUGGGGAAGAUUGCGUACUCUGAUGCAGAUUACUACCACACCGAACUAUGGAUGGCCCAGGCUCUUUCUCAGCUUGACCAAGGAGAGGAAUCUACUGUAGACAAGGCCACUGUGAUGGACUAUCUGAGUUACGCCAUCUACCAGCAGGGGGAGCUAGAGAGAGCACUGGAGCUCACCAAGAGACUGCUCAAACUGGACCCAGAGCACCAGAGAGCCAAAGGGAAUCUGAAAUACUUUGAGUUCCAGUUGGAGAAGCAGAGAAAAGAGGCAGCAGAAAGGAAAGAGAAGGUUAAAGAACCAAAAAAGAGUGAUGUGGAUAAAAGAGAGGCACAGAGGAAACGCUCCAAAGACCCCCUUCCCGAGAGGCAAAGAUAUGAACGGUUGUGUAGAGGAGAGGGUGUGAAACUGACCCCCCGAAGGCAGAGCCGCCUGUUUUGCCGUUACUACGACAACAGCCGUAACCCCCAUUUCGUGUUGGCUCCAGUGAAGCAGGAGGAUGAGUGGGAUCGGCCCCGUAUUGUGCGUUUCCAUGACAUAAUCUCUGACAAAGAGAUCAGUAAGGUGAAGGAGUUGGCCAAGCCCAGGCUUCGCAGGGCCACCAUCUCCAACCCAAUCACGGGCGUGCUUGAGACUGCCCACUAUAGGAUCAGCAAAAGUGCCUGGUUGAGUGGUUAUGAAGACCCAGUGAUUGAAAGGAUAAACCAGCGAAUCGAGGACUUGACAGGUUUGGAAAUGGACACUGCAGAGGAGCUGCAGGUGGCAAAUUAUGGAGUAGGAGGACAGUAUGAACCUCAUUUUGACUUUGGAAGGAAAGAUGAACCAGACGCAUUUAAAGAGUUGGGUACAGGAAAUCGCAUUGCCACCUGGCUUUUCUAUAUGAGUGAUGUGGCAGCAGGGGGUGCUACAGUGUUCCCAGAUGUAGGCGCUGCAGUGUGGCCCAAAAAGGGUACGGCAGUGUUCUGGUAUAACCUGUUUGCCAGUGGUGAGGGAGACUAUAGCACACGACAUGCGGCAUGUCCAGUACUGGUGGGCAACAAGUGGGUAUCAAACAAAUGGAUCCAUGAACGAGGGCAAGAGUUCCGACGACCCUGCGCCUUAAACGAGAUGGAAUGAUGACUGCACUCCUCUUCCAUCUUUCCUCUCCUCCCACCUCUUCCCUUCUUCCUUUCACACUCCAGGAUGUCUUCAUGCACAACACUCUCAAUAUUAGGGUGUGGACUAUGACAGUCAUUCCCCUCAUUGUGGUUCCUGCCCCCUGGUCCAGCUCAGCUUUAAAACCCCGGGCUGGGGUACGGUUCCUGGAAAUGAUGUCUCCGGUUGUCCCUGCUGCUUCCGUUGUACCCUGGACUCAUGAGAGGCCCAUUUAGGACUCAAAAUCGUUUAUGGUUGUUGAUGUUUUCCUUUGCCUGUGAUUUGUUUUGCACUCUG